AUGGCUGAUAACCAACCCUCUUACAUCGACUACGAAACAUUUUUGGACCCCUCUUUUUCGCCGAAGGCAUUCGCAAACUCGCUUGUUCUUACAACGAAUGACCCGUUAGAUAUAUCUGUAGACCUUUCGACUCCUCUCUCAAAAGUCCUUUUUGACGUGCAAGAAAUUGACACGCACAUCCACACGUUAGCUACUAGAUCUGCACUACCGCUUCUCGAAUAUACCAGAGAGCAAGACGAUGCAGGUCAGAAAGUGGUCAAAGAGGUCGAGGCGCAAGUCGCGAACCUCGCAAAUGGCUAUGAAAGGUUGGAGAGAGAGGUCAUUCAGCGAUACGAAACUGCAAACGAAGUUCGAGUGACUGUAGAACGGCUCUGGCAGACCGUGAAGAUUGGCCGCUCUGUUGGACGAUGGCUAGUACUUACAAGGCAGCUUGAAGCACAGAUGAGUGUGGCCAGUCCCAGCGGAUCAUCGAAGAAGGAGGACCAUCGAGCUAUGGUGCGUGCUGCAUCAACCCUCGUGACUAUGCGAAAAUUGCUCGCAGCCUCAGGAAAGGGUCAGGAAGGUGAACAUUUAUCGCAAGUAGACGUCGUGGUCAGUCUGAGGUCCACGGUCUUGCACCCCACGGAAAAUCUCCUUCAGUCUCAAGGACAGCAGAUCAUUCGUGAAUUUGCCAUGUCUUCUCUCACGUCAGGGCCUACAGCCCCCACAACUUAUGCACAAUCUGAAGAAACGAAGGCAAGAACCACAUCGGCGCUCCUAACACUACAUCUACUUUCUCCACAAUUGCAACUUGCUGCUCUUCAAGCUUACUUACGCACAUCUCUCACUUCAUCAUUGGCCUCUACCACUAGGGCCCUGACAAAUCUUGCAAUCUUGGACCGGACUCUUCUAGAAGUCUCAGCACGAUGUCAGAAUAUCGUCGCUCUAGAGUCUCUGUUGGAGACCGUCAAGCCUUUUGCGGAGACAGGAGAGGAAGGCACAGCUGAUAAAGCUGACACGAACUUUCUAGAGCCUUUACUUGCUUCAUUAGAUACAUCUGCACUGCCAUCCUAUUUUUGGCGAAGUCUGGCCGAGGGAUUGUCUGGCAGGGUUUCAGACCUUGUAUCAAGAGGAGGGGUCAAUGCAAGAGCUCUGAAGAGCCAGAAGGAUCGUAUCAAGGAUAGUAUCAGAAGCUGCGUUAUCAAAGGUAGUCAAGGGCCUGCUGGUGGCAGAGGCAGAGACAGAGCAUGGGAACGAGAAGCGGCGGUCAUGGUAGGGAGCGUGGUUGGAGCAUUAAGCCGGUAG